ACUAAUAACAAUAAUUUUUUGUUUUAAAGGUUACACUGGUAAAAAUUGUCAAUAUGAAUUGGAUCCCUGUAAUCCAGCCGAAUGUAUGAAUGGAGGCAGUUGUGUUGGAAAUUCAACUCAUUUUAGAUGUGAAUGUACUCCCGGCUAUACGGGUCCCCUGUGUCAACACAGUCUAAAUGAAUGUGAAUCAUCACCGUGUAUUCACGGUAUAUGCGUCGAUCAAGAGGAUGGUUUUCGUUGUUUCUGUCAGCCAGGGAAUGUUAAACAAGAGUUGAGAGUGGAUGAUGUUAGUGGGGAAAUGGAUAAAAAAAUUUUAAAAUGA